AUGUAUACACAACGCUCAGAAUCACGUCUCUGCGCUCUCCACAAUGCGGUAGAGUUGAUGUUCCAGCAGCAACGCAUCGGCUUCGCUAUCUCGCAGGUGGCUAUAGCCCGUUGUUGCGACACCUUGAGCUCCGCAACUUUGUCCGAGUGUUACUUAGCGAAAUUGAAUAUCCUUGAACGUAACCUUCGCACGGUAAACAUCAGCAACACGUGGACAUUGCCGCAGGAAGGCUUCUCGGUGUUCUAUCGUUACUUCCGCGACAAAAUCUCCUGGUUCGAGGCGGACGCCGUCUGUCAGUUUCAUCAUGCCAAUCUAGUCACCGUUGAUAAUGGAGUCCAGUUUGAUGCGACGCGUGCGUUUUUAAAGGAGCUCGAUGUAACUAGCGCUGUCUGGAUUGGUUUGAUGCGCCCGGAAAAUUCGGCUCGUUUCACCUGGACGAGUUCAAAGGCAUUGGACCCAUCAAGUGGUUACUGGGCCGAAGCAAUUCCGGCCAUGGAGCAACCCCUGUGUGCCGUAGUGGACCCGGUGCGUGACUUCCGCUGGCAUGCUUUGCGAUGUGGAGGUCCUGAAACGGCCGCUUUUCUGUGUGAGCUUCCAGUGCCGGCGUGGGCAGUCGACUGUACUGUAACCUCGAUACCGUCGCUCACAGUGCAGUACAUGUCGGAUAGUGGCACGGUGCAGCUUUCGCGAGACUGCGGCGAAUCCGGUACCAAGCACAUCUCUUGCCAAGGUAAACAAGAUCGGGACAGCAUCAUUGAACAGCUGCAAUGCAGUGACGAGGAGGACCUGGCAUCCGUGCUAGCCACCGAGAAUAACAAUCAGCUGCUGUUGGUACCGAACGGAGAGGGUGGAUCAACCGCCAGCUCGACUAGACGUCCCCAGCCGAUACUGGAGCACGACAUUCUGACGGUGGUCUCGCGAAACGACGAGGACAGCAACAACAAGAUUGAGGUUAACCCGAACCAGAUCGAGGACACAGUGAAGAACGUUAUCAACAAGUUCAAUCUGCAGGAUCUGAUGCGCAGCGAGCAGGCAGCUUUGCAUAGUGAGGAGGUCGAUGGAACCGACCGCGAUGUGCAUAGCCCGCGAAAGUCGGGCUACGGGAAGAAGUACUCGCCGCUCUACGAGAAGAAGCAUCAUUACGCUAAAAAGCCCGCGAAUGGGUCGGACCGCAACGAGAGCGCUGAUGAGGAGGACGAGGAAGAUGAACCGAUGCUUGGUGACCAACCGAUGCAGGACGAAACGGAAACGCAACCAAUUGACAUCAUCCAGCAGGCGGUUAAACCGACGGCGGAUGGGGACUACACCGAUCCGGCGAUCGUGGGUAGCAGCACGAAAGUGACCAACAUGGAAGGUACUUCUGGAGCGAGUGAGGUGACCUCGUCGAACCCUGUUACCACGCCCGAUUCACGGCUACGACGCGGCACCGAUUCUGACGCAGAUGAGACGGAUGGCUCGAUGCGAACCACCGAAGCACUGCCUGGAACGACGUUGUCUGAUGUCACGGAAAUGACGACGACAACAACUGUGGUUCCAACACUGGCUCCAACUACGCUUCCGGUCACAACAGUUACGAGCCUUCCUCCAGCAUUGCUAACUACGAGGACAACCGCAGCUAGUCACGUUUUACCGACAACACCGAAGAAGGAAGUUAUUACUGGAGAUCACUUCAUUCCGCCGAUGUUGUUGGUGAAGGCACGCUUCAUAUCUGCUCGUCCACACACCGAGGCACCUCCUACCACGAUGCUUCCUACCGCUCCAUCUACCAGCGUUGCCACGGAGGCAUGUGUUACGGACACCACACCGACCGUUCUAACAACAUCGGAUCUUACUCCUGUUGGUGAGCAACAGAAAACUAGUGAGCAAACAUCUGCCCCGGUCGAGUCGCUUUCGAAGGAAGUAAAUGUUGGUUCUUCACAUGUGGAGCUUUCAUCGGCUUCUCCCAUGUCAACUGCUGCCACUGGUACGCAUAUGCCUCCAGAACUGCUAGCUGUUCAAACCCAACAUCAAGAAACUAGUCAACACGUCACGUCUUCUAACGAUGUUAAAACAUCACAUUCGGCAUCCGAUUCUGGUACCAAACCAACUGUAGUUGCUGCUUCAAAUGAACAUGAAGAAAUUAACGCUCUUCCUCAGUCGGCUGCCUUAGUGUCUAGCAUUCAACUGACGCUGCACUCCGAUUCCGUCACGACUACUGUAGCACCGGAGCAGGUCACUACCGCCAUCGAAACGUCCGUGGCUCCAAAAAUGACGAGUGAUAGCGAUACCACUACCGGUACUGAAGAACUGGAAGGCUCAACUACCGCUGUAUCUACUGACGAACUAAGCGGUAGCAGCGAAUCGAGCACGGCAGCAUCUCUUUCAACUACUAUGCAGGCAUCUACGGUGACGCCUCAGCAUGAACUCGAGACAACUUUCAGCACGGGUGUCCCGAAAACCACCCAAGGUGAAAUCGACCAGCACCCCCUGGCGAGCAUGUCUCCUUUAACAUCCUUGACAUCAUCUCUUAAUGACAUUCCAUCGGAAUUGCCGCAGAAUGAGCCGAUUAGUACAGGCGAGCACCUAAGCGAGCAAGAUCACGCCGCCAACCAUUCGGGCGAGGAACUUUACGAUGAUGAGCAAUUGCACGCGGAGUUACACAAUAGCUUUUCCAACGUAGAAAAUUAUCAACCCUAUAAACCAAACCGUCAUCGUGCACUUACAAAGCCUGAGGUGCACAACAAUCAUGGUGCAUACAUCAAAAAAAUUCUAGGUUAAACCGUACAAACAGCGUCAGCUCCCUUCUAACCCGGCACCAUUACACUCUGGCCGCUCAGCCACAGUAGAAAGUCUACGUCCUAGCAUUCGGCACAGAUGCAGGAUACUAACGAACUGCUGGACAACCUCAUUGCGAGCUAUGAUACAUCUGCGAUCAGGUGUGCCCCGGGGGGAGCAAUUGGAGCAUCGAUCUCCAGUUAUUUUGAUGUGUGAAUCGCCCGCACUUAAUCAUCGGUGUUGUGUAAACUGUUGGAGAUGUUUCGAACUCAUAUUGCAGGCUUACCUCACGAUGCUCGUUGAGUUAACUUCGUUCAAAUUUAUCUCCGAAAUGUCAAUAGUAUUUGCAUAACCGCGGCCACUCAGUUUCCGCUCUUAAUUGAUCAUCCCAUCUCUAUCGUACAAGAUAAUAAUAGGUAAAUGUCAAGCAUAAACGUAGCAGUAGUAUAAUACUAUGUAGCCUCGAGCGGCGAAGGAAACUUCAAGUAUGCCCACUCCACUACAGUAGGCAGCAACAGUCGGUGAUGUUUUGGUGAGGAAUUUUUGGAGCAGCAUUUGAAUGAACUGCAAAGCUGAUUACCGAGUGAAAAGGGUUCUGCUUAAGAUAGACGAGAUCUCCAUACAAUAGACUGUUGAAAGCCACCACGGUUAGAAACUGGCCUUGUAAUACCGAGGAGUACUGGAAAAGUUGGGCAAGUUGGCUGGACUAUAUGGCGUAGAAUUUGCGCUUUUCUAUAUCAAGAACACAUACAAACAGAGAAGGAAAACUAGGUAUAAAUCCACACCCGUUAAAGGUAUUGUUCAACAUGCUUCGAUGUGGCGGAUAUUUGCAAAGGACAUCCUUAAAUUCGAGCGAGUAAGUAUUUUAGAUCGAAUGCUGGAAAUAAAGCUGAACCUAUUACAAACGUAUGCCGUAUUACCAGAGCCAAAAACCACAAGUCGGACUACAGCAUCAAAAAUUUCUCAGAGUUUGUUAUGGAUUGGUGCUUCAUUACAGAAGCAGACUCGGUGCCACUAUUAGUGUUUAUAUUAGGCGUAAAUGGAAUCGCAUUUUCGCGCAAGUAUAAAAAAAUAUAGUAUAUACUAAAACCAGGAGGUUCAAAAACGCCCAUGUAGACGUCGAAAACGAAAAAAGUUUUGGCUCAGAGUUGAGGAUUUGUUCAUCCUUUUUGUCAAAAAAAGCCAACGCCCUUGCCCUGGCAUAAGACCGUGCUGAAAAAACAAAUCGAUCAACAAUAGCAAGGACCUAUUGGCAAAUCUAACCCACGUGGUGUAAAGAGCAAAAAGAUCCCUUCCAUACCAACACUACAUAGCGCAAAUAGAGCAGUUCAUAUUAGCACGGGCGGUACAGUCUAACUCAGCCUACCAUCGUUCAACACUACGACACUUUCGCCAACACACUUUGUCCAGAAAGCAGUUAAAGAAACAUUAUUAAUAACAACAGUAAUGCGGCUAGUUGAAGCAGUUUGGACUAUGCUAGCAAAGACAAUUUUAUUACAAAUAAAGUUUUAAACUCAA